CUUUUCUCUUUUAUUAUCUGUUAUGGAUCUGUCUCUGUCUCUGUCGGAUCAUCAUCAUCCAAAUUUGUGUUGUCUGCUUCAAAAUCUGCUUAGUGUUUAUGGAUCAUGUAGUCUAAGUAGUAAAGGAAGUAACUUUUGGUAGUGUAUGUAUAAUUGGAGUUUGUUAAAAGAGAGAGUCUUUUUAUCGAUCUGAUUUAGGUUUUUUUUUUUCAAAGGAAGGGUUUUGAUUCGAUCGGUUUGCUUUUUUUUUUCUUUCUCAUAUGGAAUCUGGAAUAGUAGAUCCUUCUCAUGCUUGUUGGGUUUUAGUGAUUUAUACUUUGGAUUCAUUUUUGAAUUCCCUGAUUUUGGGUUUUAUUUUUUUGGCAUUUCGUGUAUACUUUUAUGAGUUUUGACAAUAUGUGAUAAGAUCAGUGAUCUAUUCAAAUUAUCUGGAUAGUUUUUGGCUGUGAUGCUCAUGUUUGGUUAUUAGUAAAUACUGUAUCUGGUCUGAAUUCAUUUCUUUCGCAAACAAAAGUCUUCAGGUUGCGUUUUUUUUAUAAGCGUCACCCAAAGAUCUGACCUUUAUUGAUUUAGACUUUACUGUGCUUUUACAUUUGUACACAUACAGUAUCACUUUGGUCUUCUUAAAUGAAUGUGAAUAUGACACACAGCUGACGCCUUUUUUAAAGUUUCUUGGAUCUUUCAUGGAUUCUUCGCAUUGUGUGAUCCACUCUAAUAGCAAACUUUACUUUUAGAAGCAGGGUUUUAGGGCGUGGUUGCUUUGUUUUCACUGAAGAAGAAGAAGAAGAAGAAGGUGAAUACAAGGAUUAUGGGAACUCAUAUCAAUUUCAACAACAUAGGAGGUGGUGGUACUCCUGGAGGGGAAGGGAGUAACCAGAUGAAGCCAACGGGUAAUGUCAUGCCCUUGGCGAGGCAGUCCUCCCUCUACUCCCUCACAUUUGAUGAGCUACAGAGCACACUAGGUGGACCGGGAAAAGAUUUCGGGUCAAUGAACAUUGAUGAUCUCCUGAAGAGCGUUUGGGCUGCUGAGGAAGCUCAGGCCAUAGCCAUGACUUCUUCUUCAGCUGCUACAGCAGUAGCGCAACCUGGUGCCGGACCUGCUGGUAUUCCCGGUGGGAAUCUCCAGAGGCAAGGCUCUUUGACAUUGCCUAGAACGCUCAGUCAGAUGACUGUUGAUGAGGUGUUGAAAUCUUUGGGCACCAAGGACAGUAAUGGUAAUAUGGGAAGUAGCAGCGGAGGCGGUGGUGACUCGAAUGCGCCUCCUGGGAGGCAGCAGACUUUAGGGGAAAUGACACUUGAAGAGUUUCUGUUCCGUGCUGGGGUUGUAAGAGAAGAUAACUGUGUUCAACCGAUGGGUCAGGCCAAUGGAAACAAUAACGAUGGGUUUUAUGCUAACAACACUGCUGCUGGCGGCUUAGGUUUUGGAUUUGGUCAGCCAAAUCAAAACAGCAUAUCCUUCAAUGGUAAUAAUGAUUCUAUGAUCUUGAAUCAGCCACCUGGUUUAGGGCUCAAAGUUGGUGGACCAAUUCAGCAGCAGCAACAACAGCAACACCAGGUCCAACAACAGCAGUUGCUGCAGCAGCAGCAACAACAGCAGCAGUUGCAGCAGCUGAAUCAUCCUCAUCCACAGCAGCGGCUGCCUCAAACCAUUUUCCCUAAACAAGCAAACGUAGCAUUUUCUGCGCCUGUGAGUAUAGUGAACAAGGGUUUUGCUGGGGCUGCAAAUAAUUCCGUCAGCAAUAAUAAUGGAUUAGCUAGUUAUGGAGGAAACGGGGUUACUGUUGCAGUAACUUCUCCAGGGACAAGCAGCGCAGAAAAUAAUUCUUUAUCACCCGUUCCAUAUGUGCUUAAUCGAGGACGAAGAAGCAAUACGGGUAUGGACAAAGUUGUUGAAAGGAGGCAAAGGAGAAUGAUCAAGAACCGGGAAUCAGCUGCUAGAUCAAGAGCUCGAAAGCAGGCUUAUACAUUGGAACUGGAAGCCGAAAUUGAAAAGCUCAAGAAAACGAAUCAAGAAUUGCAGCGAAAACAGGCUGAAAUGAUGGAAAUGCAGAAGAAUGAGCAGCUGAAGGAAUCGACGAAGCGACCGUGGGGCGCCAAAGGGCAGUGCUUGAGAAGGACAUUAACUGGUCCAUGGUGAGGGAAGAAUGAAGCAACAAGAAUGGAUCAAACCAGACUGCGUAGCUUGGGACUUAUUUAAUAGGAGAUAGUGCUACCUGUACAGGAGAUUAAGGGAAAAUAUGGAGUGAUAAAUCUAGGUUACAGAGUAGGAGAGAGUUUUCAUUAUGAAUAAAUGACAUUUUGUGCCCUGACCUGUAUUAGUCUAGGUUUAGAUCAUCCUCUGUUUUUUUCUUUUUUUUUUUUUAUGUUUUCUGAUCGUUGGGGUUUCUAAAAGACAGCUGUUCAUAUAUGUUUGUUUGACUUUUGUUUAAGGUAUUUGGUUCUCUUAUAUCAAUAACUUGGGUUUAGCCAUUACAAA